GACACUCGAGCUGUCAUUUGCAGCGCAGCAGACGACGAACUUUGAGAUGCAACGAUAUAGCGAUGGCGUAAUCGACGCGUGACAUCGUCGUCUGCUAGAAAGUGCACGAACGAAACUUGCAUCGCGAUAUAUAUUUACUCGCCAUUCACGAGGAAAAGUUUUCCUUCGACUGUAUCGCUGCUCAGUGCUUGUAGAAAGAUGUGACGAGUUCCUUGGCAUGGUCCAGAUGAACUGUCAGCUGUGAACAAUUUAUAAAAGACAAUCGUUUGUUCAGAACAAUGGAAUGACAUACAUGCGAUUAGUACAUAGCGUUGCUAAAAAAGCACGUGGGUGAUUUUUGACAGUCACAGGUGGUAUUCUAAUUGUCGCAGGGUAUACUGACACUCGCUGUCAUGUGUCAGAAACGUGUUCUUGCUUUCACAAUUGUAACGACAACGAAGAUGCGGGUCGUCGUGGCGAAAUUUCGUGAAAUUACCCGACAGUAUCCUGUAACCAGGGGUAUGGCAUCAUACACCGUCAUUUGGCCAGUCGCGAGUCUUCUACAGCAAAGAAUAAUUGGCAGCGAGGAAUUGAACUACACACAAGCAUUGAGAUUCAGCAUCUACGGAGGUUUCUUCGUAGCUCCGACUCUUUACUGCUGGUUGAAAUGUGCUUCAUACAUGUGGCCAAAGAGUAACUUAAGGUCUGCGAUAACAAAGGCUCUUGUCGAACAGGUCACAUAUGGACCCGCAGCGAUGUGUUGCUUUUUCUUUGGAAUAAACCUCCUGGAGUUUAAGUCAAUUUCUGAAUGUUUUGGGGAAGUCCGUGAAAAAUUCUGGCCAACCUAUAAGGUCGGAGUAUGCGUGUGGCCUUUCCUUCAAACGAUUAACUUCCUGCUGAUUCCAGAGAAAAAUCGAGUGGUUUAUGUGAGUUUUUGCAGUUUAAUGUGGACCUCCUUUUUAGCAUAUAUGAAAUCAUUAGAGACAAAGCAGUUACAAAGAGAAAGAGAACGUACCGAGAAACCAGUUCUCCGAGAGAGUCGUACAACUAAUAACAGUAUAAGUCAAGCACAGAGAAAAACUGCAGAAUCUCGGUGGUUUUCAAGUUUACGAUGAAAUGAAUUAGGUUCUCUUUACUUAUAGUUUUAUUUAUUUCUGUAUGGCCUAGUUUACAUUGUAAAAUGUAUUUUAUACUUUGUUAUCACUGCAUAACCCAUUGUGUUUACUGGUAUACUUAAAAAUGUGCAUUUUUAUGGUCACAAACGCCGGAUAACAAUGUACACACAUUCGUACUGUACAUACUGAAACGACUAGGAUAAUUCUAGGACCAUUUGCCUCAGGUGGCAGAAAAAAAGUAGACACUAUUGUUAAGAUUAAAGUACAAAUCGUUCAAUGAGUCGUAAACUUAUGUAUAUCGAGCACAAUACGACUAAGAAAGUGUUCAAGUGAAAGUACUACUCGCGACGUGACGAAUUAUUAUUGACAAUAAUAGUAUGUACAUAUGCAACGAUUAAAUUAUUAAAAACGGUUUUCAAAACA